GCUGCUGACAAGCGUACCAGCACCCUAACCCCUCAGCCUCCAUUCCCAGCGCCCUUCUCUGGCCCUUUCCUCCACCUCCAGCUCUUGUCUCAACCCCCAGUUCCCAGUGCCCCUGCUACCACCCUAACCCUCCAGGUCUUGGCCACACUGCUCCCCAUCCUGGGAUAUUGGCCAGAUCUCUGGGAGGGAGAUCAUUUGUUUGGGCUAUGCCCCCUGGUGGCAUGACAGUGUCUGCCUAGACCCCUGACCCUAGCCCUCAACUCCCAGGGCCUCCUUUGUGUGCAGCGCUGCCCUCUGCUCAGCACUGUGGUUGGGGGCCAAAGGGAAAGCCAGCCCCGGCUGGGCCCCAGCCCCGGCCACUUGCCUCCUUGCUGGGCAGCCCCCCCCUGGCCUUCGGGCCUCUCCCUGCUCCCCUCGGCCCCUUCUCGUGGGCCGCCCCAAUGAAGGAGCCGGAUGCCAUCAAGCUGUUUGUGGGGCAGAUCCCGAGGCAUCUGGAGGAAAAGGACCUGAAACCCAUCUUCGAACAGUUUGGUCGGAUCUUCGAGCUGACUGUCAUCAAGGACAAGUACACCGGGCUGCACAAGGGAUGUGCCUUCCUGACAUACUGUGCCCGCGAUUCAGCCCUGAAGGCCCAGAGCGCCCUGCACGAACAGAAGACGCUUCCAGGGAUGAACAGGCCCAUCCAGGUCAAGCCAGCCGACAGCGAGAGCCGUGGAGAAGACCGGAAGCUCUUUGUGGGGAUGCUAGGGAAGCAGCAGACAGAUGAAGACGUCCGGAAGAUGUUCGAGCCUUUCGGGACCAUAGACGAGUGCACUGUGCUCCGGGGCCCAGACGGCACCAGCAAAGGCUGCGCCUUCGUGAAGUUCCAGACCCAUGCCGAGGCCCAGGCGGCCAUCAACACCCUUCACAGCAGCCGGACCCUGCCGGGUGCCUCGUCCAGCCUGGUGGUGAAGUUUGCUGACACGGAGAAGGAGCGAGGUCUCCGCCGAAUGCAGCAGGUGGCCACCCAGCUGGGCAUGUUCAGCCCCAUCGCCCUCCAGUUUGGAGCCUACAGCGCCUACACCCAGGCCCUGAUGCAGCAGCAGGCGGCCCUGGUAGCGGCUCACAGUGCCUACCUCAGCCCCAUGGCCACCAUGGCUGCCGUGCAGAUGCAGCACAUGGCCGCCAUCAAUGCCAAUGGCCUCAUCGCCACCCCCAUCACCCCAUCCUCAGGAACCAGCACCCCUCCUGCCAUCGCUGCCACGCCUGUCUCUGCGAUCCCUGCUGCCCUGGGCGUCAACGGCUACAGCCCGGUGCCCACCCAGCCCACUGGGCAGCCUGCCCCUGAUGCUCUGUAUCCCAACGGGGUCCACCCCUACCCAGCUCAGAGCCCCGCGGCCCCCGUGGACCCCCUGCAGCAGGCCUACGCGGGGAUGCAGCACUACACAGCAGCCUACCCGGCAGCCUACAGCCUGGUGGCACCUGCGUUCCCACAGCCUCCUGCCCUGGUGGCCCAGCAGCCCCCGCCUCCUCCUCAGCAGCAGCAGCAGCAGCAGCAACAGCAGCAGCAGCAGCAACGGGAAGGCCCUGACGGCUGCAACAUCUUCAUCUACCACCUGCCCCAGGAGUUCACUGACUCAGAGAUCCUGCAGAUGUUUGUCCCCUUUGGCCACGUCAUCUCAGCCAAAGUCUUUGUUGAUCGGGCCACCAAUCAGAGCAAGUGUUUUGGCUUUGUGAGUUUCGACAAUCCAGCCAGUGCCCAGGCUGCCAUCCAGGCCAUGAACGGUUUCCAGAUUGGCAUGAAGCGCCUCAAAGUCCAGCUAAAGCGACCCAAGGAUGCCAACCGGCCCUACUGAGGGCCCCCAGGUCUGGAGACACCAGAGGAAGGGGCACCUCACCCCCUCUCCCCACGACUGGCCCCAGCCCU